CACACACACACACACACACACACACAAGCAUGGCCUCUCAGCAAGAUUUGUCCAAGAUUCAAUGGGAACAAAAGACGAACGUGCAAGGGAUGAUCUACGAGGUCGGACGCUGGCCUGUCUCCGAGCCGCUUGGUAAUCCCGAAACAGCUUUAAAGAUGACGGCUAACCGGGACUCGGACGACGACCGUUCGUUCGACGUUGCAGUCGACUGGCCUUACGCGGGCAAGUCGCAAUACUUGCCUACGACGCCAGAAGUGGAGCAAAAGACGGGCAUUUACAAUUACUACUUUGAUUCGUCCUGGUGGCCCUAUUUCGACGCGGCCAUCAGCAUCUGGACGAACGGUAGUAACGUGCUUUACUACUUUACAAUGAACACUGGAGAAGAGUUCUCUCUCUCGGUCGAUCUACCUUUUGUGCCCCACAUCGUCCGCAUGAAACUUGAGAACCCUGACAGCACCAAGGUGGUCCGCAUCCAUGGCGAAGUCCUUCCGACACCACGACCACCCCGUGAGUAGGUGGUCGAAAAGAAGAACAGGCACACGUGCAACGCCCUGUAGAUACCUUGUGCUUUUGUCUAUGUGGCCAUCUUUCUCGCAAGCUAUCGAAUCUUUCCUUCAGUUUGUCUACCGUCAGCAAAAAAGCAACUUCUUAUUGUAAAUGCAUUAGUCUUUCAAAGCGCCCGGGC